AAUCAACAACGACAUAUUUGCUUGUUUCACGACACCGGAAUUUGUUAUAUUAAAUUUCAAUUUUUUUAAUAAAAAGUUUAUCUCACGUUAUCUGUUAUCAGUUAUGACUUCUAUUCGAGAAGAAUUAGUUUACAUUGUAAUCAAUAAAGCAUAUGCAUUAAUAGAUUAUAAUAUCCAAAAUACUAUAGACAAACAAUUUGAAUUUGUAAAAAAAAUUGUUCUUGCUGACAAAUCUCUUACAAAAAAUGAAAAAUCAUUUGCAAUAAAUCAGUUAAAUAAAGAUUCUGACUCUUAUAAACUUCUUUAUAAUGAAGGAACAAAAAGAAUUUGUGAAAAUUGUUAUGAUGAAUGUUUAGCUACGUUAUUUUGUGAACAUUGUGUUCGAAAUUAUUUAAAAUCAAAUUUUUCAAAUUGGACAUCUGGAAAUAAUGAUAUUGAUAAUUUAAUACGGCAAUGUCAAAUGAAAACAAUUAAUCUAUAUAGAAUAGUAGAAUGGAUUCCAUAUAAUAAUUUACAAAAUAUUAAUUAUUUAACUAAAGGUGGAUGCUCUGAAAUUUAUACGGCAGAUUGGACUGAUGGUCAUUAUGUUGAAUGGGAUUCAAAAGAAAAACAAUUAAAAAGAUUAGGGCAAAGUGUAAUACUCAAAAAGUUAGAAAAUGUUGAAAGUGCUAAUAGAAGUUGGUUUGAAGAGAGUAAAUCUCAUUUAUCUAUAAGUAACAAAUAUAGUCAAGUUGCUGAAUGCUAUGGUUUAACAAAAAAUCCAUCAAAUGGAAAUUAUAUGCUUGUAAUGAGUCGUUAUGAUAUAAAUUUAAGAGAAUAUUUACAACAAAAUCAUAAUAAACUUAAAUGGAAAGAAAGAAUUCAAAUAAUUAAUGCUAUUAUUGGUGCACUUCGUCAAAUCCAUCAAAAUAACGUAAUCCAUAGAGAUUUACAUUCUGGAAACAUAUUAUUUAAUCAAAUAGUUCAAUUAUUCAAAAUUAGUGAUUUUGGAUUUUGUGGACCAGCUGAUAAACCAUUAAAUAGUAUAUAUGGAAAUCUUCCUUAUAUUGCACCCGAAGUUAUUUGUGGAAAAAGGACUACUUUUGCAUCUGAUAUUUAUAGUAUUGGUAUGCUUAUGUGGGAAAUCUCAUCCGGACAACCACCUUUUGUUUAUAAACAUAAUUAUGAUCUUGCAUUAAAAAUAAUAAAUGGAAUGAGGCCAAGAAUAAUACCGGGAACUCCUUUAAAAUAUAAAGAACUAAUGGAACAAUGUUGGGAUGCUGACCCAACAAAAAGACCUGAUAUCUAUACUCUUGAUAAGGAAAUAAGUUCUUUAUAUAGAAAAUAUCUCAAUAAUGAAAAUGAUGAACAACAGACAAAUAACAUUACAAACAUAGAUAACUUUCAAUUAAACACAAAUUUUAGUAUAAGUUCUACUAACUCUAUUAACACCUUUUUUAGAAAUUCUAGUAGCAGAGUUUAUUAUUUUAAAAAUUUGCCUGAACCAAGGAAUGCAACAAAAGAAGAACAAGAAGCUUACCAUAGUAUACAAUUUGACUUUGAUUUACAAGAUGGUAUGAUUACAGUAGAAGACGAAUCUAAUAAAAGAAUUUACUUUAAUGAAGGACAAAAUAAUUUAACUGUUAACCCUAACCCUAAGAAAGUAAAGUUGGAAAAUAAUGAUAAGGAUGAAGAUGAAACAUAUAAUCCAAAUUUUCAUUCAUCAGAAAAACGAGAUGAAUUAAAAGUUACUGAUUGUAAAAUGGAUCUUAACUAUCUAUUAAAUUAAAUUUAAUUAUAAUUAUUAUUUAGAAUUAUUUAAGCACUAAGGUUUAGAGU